AUGACGACCGUGCUCUCAAGUCGCGACUUGGUCGGGCUCAUCACAUCCUUCCAAGAUGGUCUUCCACAGCCUCUCUUGGCCACGCAUGUGCAUCUGCGCCAAAUCAACCAGCUCGUUCGCAUCGGCGCCAUUUGGCUUGGAUGCCGUGCUGCGUGCUUGCGAGCCGCGCCACCGCUCGAUGUCUGGGCUUUACAACAGCUCCAUCGCCGUCGCCCCACAGCGGUCUCCAUGAAUGUGAUGGACUAUGUGGCGGCCACUGGUCAAUUCCGCGCGCUGCUCUUCCUUCACGUUAGCGGGAGUACCUGCUCGGUCUGGGCCAUGAAUGCGGCGGCCGAGCACGGGCACAUUGCGAUCGUCCGCUUCCUCCACGACCACCGACGUGAGGGUUGCACGGUGUACGCAAUGGAUGCUGCGGCCAAGCACGGCCACCUUGACGUUCUCGAGUUUCUGCAUUACCACCGACACGAAGGCUGCACGUCACUGGCCCUGAACGCAGGACGCCAUGGACGGCUUGGCAUUGUGCAGCUGCUGCACGCGAAGCGGCCUGAAGGGUGUUCAGACCGGGCGAUCGAGGACGCAGCCAUGCACGGCCAUCUCGACGUCGUCCGCUUCCUCGAUCGCCACCGGCGCGAAGGCAGUCGGUCGCGCGCGCUCCGGAACGCCGCGGCGAACGGCCAUCGCGCCAUCGUGGCCUACUUGCUGCCGCUCGUAGACGCCGUGCCGCCUGAUGCGAUGGACUUUGCAGCGCGCAAUGGGGAGAUCGAGACGCUCCGCCGGGCGCUGACGUGGGCGGCGAUGGCGGGCCAUGUUCACGUUGUCGCGUUCCUGCGGCAAAACCGGAGUGAAGGCGACGCGAACGAAGCGCUUGUGAUGGCGUUGCGCAUGGGCAUGAACCGAGUCGCCGUCAUGCUCCAGAGGGCGUCCGUGGCGACGAGCCCGGUCGUCGAUGCCGAUAUUGACUACCUCGGGUUCAGCAUGAGCAAAAAGCGCGCACCGUCCUGUCUCCAGACGUUUUAA